AUGCGGAGAAGCUCCUCCGGCUACAGAUAUAUGGACGCCAACAAUAUCAUGCCCCGCUUUGAAUUCGGCUUUGGGCUGUCGUACACGACCUUCGCCUCUGGCCCAUUAUCCAUCCCCUCCGGUUCUAAAACCGUCACAUUCACCGUCAAAAACACCGGUGAUGUUGUAGGGACGGAAAUAGUGCAGUUGUACCUAGCCUUACCCGCAGGAGCGGGAAAGUUAUUCUUGCGGGGCUUCGAGGAGGUUCCGCUGGCCGUUGGCGAGAGUAAGAGCGUGGCGAUUACGGCGAGUCAGAGGGAUACCAGGCGAGUGCCGUCACUCUGGACCUGA